AUGGCAAUUGCAAUUGCAAUUGAAGAGGUAUUUCCGAAUUCUCAACAUCGUUUAUGUCUUUGGCAUAUAAUGAAAAAAAUUCCAGCUAAAUUAGGUAGUCAUUCUCAGUAUAAAAUGAUAAAGAAACAAUUGAAGACCAUUGUGUAUAACUCCCUUACAGUUGAUGAAUGUGAUGAGAAUUGGCAGAAAAUGAUUAAGGAGUUUAACUUGGACAAUAAUAUUUGGUUGACAUUUCUACAUGAAGAACGUAAUAAAUGGAUGCCUGUAUAUGUCAAAGAUAAAUUUUGGGCAGGUAUGUCCACAUCUCAGAGAAGUGAAAGUAUGAAUGCAUUUUUUGAUGAUUAUGUGCAUUCUAAGACAUCAUUAAAGCAAUUUGUUGAGCAGUAUGAUAAUGCUUUGAAGAGUAAGAUUGAAAAUGAAAAAAAAUUGGAUUUCAUUUCUUUCAAUUCAAUCAUGCCCGUAAUAACUGGUUAUCCUAUUGAGAGACAAUUUCAAAGUGUGUACACUAACACAGUAUUGAAAUUGUUUCAAGAUGAAUUAAGAGGAUUAAUGUUUUGCAAUGUCUCACUAGUAAAAGAAGAAGAAAUAACUUUGAUAUUUGAAGUAGUAGAGACUAUGUUGGGGAUAAAAGGAGAACCUCUACGAAAAGUUUGUUUUGUGGUACAUUACACUGGAUUAGACUGUCAAGUUAAGUGUUUGUGCCGACUAUUUGAGUUUCGAGGAAUUUUAUGUAGACACGUGAUCUCCGUAUUGAUAAUGAAUGGGGUGUUUGAGGUUCCUAUGAACUAUAUUAUGGAGAGAUGGUGCAAAAAUAUAAAGCAUGGGUAUCAAAGUAUUACUAACCUAUAUGAUGAUCAUAGUUGUGAUGAUGUCAGUUAUCGACGCAAAAUUCUCACUCCAUUGAUAUAUGAGAUUCAACACCUUGGGGAGAAAAAUGACAAAGGUUGUUCUAUUUUUGUGGAUAUUUUGAAAGAUGCAAAAGACAAACUAAUUGCAAUUGAUUUUGAGCAUUCAAGUGCUCAAAAUGAUUGUGAUUUGAUACCAAUUACUAACGAUGGUGAAAAGCUUAAAGGAGUGACAAUAUCUAGUGUAAAAACAAUACACUCUCCACUAAAAGUACGAGCGCGAGGUCGUCCACCCACAAAGAGAAAACAAUCUGUUAUUGAACAAAUUGUGAAGAAAUCGAUUACAAAGGCUCGAAAAAAGAGUGCUGUUGAAGCAAGGUGUCUACUCGCACUUCUUCAUACAACUGCUGAAGUAAGGCGUCAGAUCGCACUUAUUCAGACUACUGCUGAAGUAAGGCAUCUGCUCGAGGUUCUUCAGACUGCUGCUGAAGCAAGACGUCUGCUCGUAGUGAGACGUAUACUCGUGCUUCCUCAACUUGAGACGUCUUUUUGCGCUUCUUCAGCUUGA